AACAAAACUGGUUUCAGUUGAUCAUUGGUCUAAAAGUAUAACGGAAACCGGUUGCAUCGACUGUCUUACGCGUGACUCACGGGAUAUACCUUCAGAAUCAGGAGCGCUGUAUUAACACGAUAAAGUAAAUUAUUUGAAGUGAAUGAUAUUUCAUGCCAGAAACUAAACAAGGACAAUCAGAUUAAAUCCCUGCACUGGAGACCUUUAAAAUAGUAGGUCAAACCUGUAUUGUUAUUGUGGUUAGUUAUUUACUAUGGAGGUGGACAUUAAAAGAAGAUAUAAAAAAGAUAUGCCUGACUAGCUUUGUUAAUAAUGUAACAAAAUGCCACCUGCAGUGUGGAUAUGGGUCAUUUAGUUUAUAUGGCAUGAAUGAAUGUCACCAAUGGCUAAAUUGUCAAGAAAUAGAUACAGAAUUGGUUGUGAAUGAACAGAUUGGAGAAGGGGCUGUAAAAAAAGUCUAUCUUGGCCAAUGGAAAGAAAAUACUAUUGUUAUUAAUAAGGUGAAAAAUCCAAAUUUUAGAGACGAUUUUCAGGAUGGUUUGACCAAUUUGAUGAACUUUCAACCAGACACCCAUGUUGUCCAGCUUAUUGGUUAUUGUUGGGAUUCAGAUCUGUUUAUAACUGAAUAUCAUGAAUUAAAAUCUGCUGAUAGAAUAGAACAAAUAUUUUACAAAAACCAACAUUUAGACCACCUUCAAAAAAGAUUUGAAUUAUGUUUAAAGUAUAUAGAAAUUAUCAAUUUUUUACACACAGGUCUUAAUGAAACUAGGGUAAUGUGUGACUCAAAUGAACCCCACAAAGCCCUUUCACAACUUCUCGUACGGGAUGAUUUAAGCUUGAUAUUAAAUGAUGCUGACGCCCUUCCUCAAGUGAAUAGAAGCCGAAACGAACUAAUAAAAUGUGGUCAUAAAGAAUUAACUGGUGCUUAUGUCGCUCCUGAACAGUUGUGGCCCUUUGAUUCAACUUUCAGUGACUCCCACAUGCCAGGUUAUGAUGAGAAAACAGACAUUUGGAAAAUACCUGAUGUUUGUAAAGUAUUAUUUAAUGAGAGACCUGGAUCAACUGGUCUACUUUUAAAAUUAUUUGAUAUAAACAGCCGUUGUAAAAAUGAAAAUCCUUUGGAGAGACCAACGGCUCAGGAAGUGUAUCUGAUGUACCAGAAGGUGUACAAUAAUAUCUUUAAUAUUAACCACUUUGAAUGAAUGACUUGUUAUAUUUUAUUAAAAUCACAUGAACUUGA